UGUGUCUGUCCCUCCCUCCCAGUGUGUGCCUCUCUCUGACUCACUCACAGUGUCAGCGGUUAAUGGGAUCAGAGACAGGAAGUGAUGCUGGUCAGCGGGAGCGGGUCAGAGAGCGAGCGAGCGAGUCAGCGGCUGUUGCCGGUGACAGCGGUUCCCGGACACGCGCGGCGGCCGCUGUGGGCUCGGCGACAGAGAGAGAGAGAGAGAGAGAGACCGGGGACCCACAGAGAGACAGCGGGGGGGAAAGGGACAGAGUAUCGGCGGCGGCGGAGGAGGAGAAGGAGCCGGAGAUGAGCGAGGAGCGGCGGCGGCAGGCGCUGGGCUUCUGUCCCCAGAAGGAGAUCGUGUACAACGAGCUCCUGCCGUACUGGGAGCGCCUGGACUCGGAGUCCAACGCCAUCCUCGCCAGCAUCAAAGCCAACCUGGGCCGCGCCGUGCAGCUCCGAGAGCUGUGGCCCGGAGUCCUGUUCUGGACCCGAAAACUUUCAACGUACAUCCGACUGUAUGGAAGAAAAUUCAGCAAAGAAGAUCAUGUACUAUUUGUUAAACUAUUAUAUGAGUUGGUCAUUAUGCCCAAACUCGAAAUCAGCAUGAUGCAGGGCUUUGCACGAUUAUUAAUAAGUUUACUCAAGAAAAAAGAACUUUUAUCAAGGGAGGAUUUACAGUUGCCGUGGCGCCCACUCUAUGAAAUGAUAGAAAGAAUUUUGUACUCCAAGACAGAACAUCUAGGCUUAAAUUGGUUUCCAAAUUCGUUCCGACAAGGCGUUUCUUCCCCUAAAUCGUUUGUGCUUAAUGUUUUACAUAGGUGUUCUAUAGAAAAUGUGUUGAAGACACUGGUGAAGUGCUGCCGACCGUAUUUUCCAGAUAAUGCCACGGCAGAGAUGUUAGAUGAAUGGCGGCCAUUAAUGUGUCCUUUUGAUGUCACCAUGCAAAAGGCGAUUAGCUACUUUGAAAUGUUUCUUCCUACCUCCCUUCCUCCACAUCUGCAUCAUAAAGGAUUCAAGCUGUGGUUUGAUGAAUUCAUAAGCCUUUAUGUUACAGUGCAGAACCUCCCACAGUGGGAAGGGAUUCUAGUAAACCUGUUUGCACGUUUGGCUAUGGAUACCAUUGGGUACAUAGAUUGGGACGAAUACAUCCCAAAGGUUUUCACCAGGUUCCUUAGAAGUUUGAAUCUGCCAGUCGGAAGCAGCCAGGUCUUAGUUCCCAGAUACUCAACAAAUGCUUAUGAAAUCAGCCAUGUGGUGCUGUGGAUUGCCUCCAUGCUGGGUGGCCCAAGUAAACUGGCACAGAAACAUCUGAACGGGUUGUUCAAUAGCAUUGCAUCAUUCUUCCAUCCUUCUAACAACGGGAGAUGGCUGAUGAAACUGAUGAAGUUGUUACAGAGGUUGCCUUCCAGUGUGGUGAGAAGACUUUAUCGCGAACGUUACAGAAAACCAUCCUGGCUGAAUACAGUACCCGACAGUCACAAGUUGACUGACCAGGAUGUUACUGAUUUUGUGGAGAGUAUCAAGCAGCCUGUUCUGCUAGCUAUGUUCAGUAAGACAGGCAGUCUGGAGGCUGCUCAGGCCCUCCAGAACCUUGCGUUGAUGCGCCCAGAGCUUGUCAUCCCUCCAGUACUUGAAAAAACAUAUCCUGCUUUAGAGACACUCAUAGAACCACACCAACUUACUGCAACACUGAGCUGCAUGAUAGGAGUUGCACGUAGUCUGGUCUCUGGAGGGAAGUGGUUCCCAGAAGGUCCAACACACAUGCUACCUCUGUUAAUGAGAGCGUUGCCUGGAGUGGACCCGAAUGAUUUCAGCAAGUGCAUGAUUACAUUCCAGUUUAUAGCUACAUUUUCUACUCUGGUGCCUUUGGUAGACUGUUCAUCUGUCUUGCAAGAAAGAAAUGACCUCACAGAGGUCGAGCGGGAACUUUGCUCAGCCACAGCAGAAUUUGAAGAUUUUGUACUUCAGUUCAUGGAUAGGUGUUUUGCUCUGAUAGAAAGUAGUACACUGGAACAGACCAGGGAGGAGACUGAAACUGAAAAGAUGACACACAUAGAAAGCCUGGUAGAGCUGGGACUGUCUUCAACCUUCAGCACUGUCCUCACACAGUGUUCCAAAGACAUUUUUCAGGUCGCCCUGGAAAAAGUGUUUAACUUUGCUACAACAAAUAUUUUUGAGACCCGUGUUGCUGGCAGGAUGGUUGCGGACAUGUGCAGAGCAGCUGCUAAGUGUCAUCCAGCAGAUGCUCUGAAGCGGUUUGUGCCACACUGUUGCAGUGUCAUAACUCAGCUCACCAUCAAUGAUGAUGUUUUGCAUGAAGAGGAGUUGGACAAAGAGCUGCUUUGGAAUCUUCAACUAUUAUCAGAGAUAACCCGAGUAGAUGGUGAUAAGAUGCUGGUAUAUAAGGAACAACUAGUCCAGAUUCUACAACGAACACUGCACUUGAAAUCCAAGCAGGGUUAUUCUCUGGCUGGAAAUUUGCUGCAUCAUCUACUCCGUUCAACUACACUAAUUUAUCCAACAGAGUAUUGCAGUGUGGCAGGUGGCUUUAACAAAUCUCUCUCAGAAUACUUUCCUAUUAAGGAUUGGGGAAAACCAGGAGAUCUGUGGAACUUGCAAAUCAAGUGGCAUGUCGGCUCUCCAGAGGAGAUCAGUUUUGCUUACUAUGUGCUAGAAAAGUUUCUUCAGCCUGAACUGUCCAGACUUCAACGCUGUGCUGAAGGAGAAUUAGAAAUGUCAAGAGAUGACAUGCAACAGAGUCUGUCAAUUGUUCAGAACUGUUUGAUUGGCUCAGGAAGUCUGCUGCCUUCCCUCGGAGGAGAACCGAUACAUGACCUGGCUCCAAGCAUGGUGGUUUUGGAAGAGACCAAACUCUGUGUUGGUGUUAAUUCUGAUUACACUGGAGAAAACUAUAGGGUAGCGAUUGCCCAAGUCCUGAAGAAACUUCUUUAUCACUUGCUGGAUAAUUCUGAAGAUGACACAAAGUCUUUGUUUUUGAUGAUUAAGAUUAUCGGAGAUCUAUUGCAGUUCCGUGGGUCCCAUAAGCAUGAGUUUGACUCCAGAUGGAAAAGCUUUAAUCUUGUGAAAAAAUCCAUGGAGAAUAGGCUGCAUGGGAAGAAACGGCACAUUCGAGCACUACUGAUUGAUCGUGUUAUGCUCCAGCACGAGCUACGCACUUUGACUGUUGAAGGCUGUGAAUACAGAACAAUCCACCGUGAUCUGAUGCGAGACCUCCUGCUUUUGUCUACAAGUACAUAUAGUCAGGUGCGAAGUAAAGCCCAGCAAGUUUUCUUCAAGGCAUUAGGAACAUACAACUUUUGCUGCAGAGAUCUGAUUCCCCUAGUGCUGGAGUACUUGUGUCCUGACAAGCAGAAAAUAACCCAGCAACAGUUCAAAGGUGCCUUGUAUUGCCUACUUGGGAACCAUAAUGGAGUCUGCUUGGCCAACCUCCAUGACUGGGACUGCAUUGUUGCCACGUGGCCAGCUAUAGUAUGGUCGGGGCUCAGCAAAGCAAUGUCUUUAGAGAAACCUUCCAUUGUCCGUUUAUUUGAUGAUCUUGCAGAGAAGAUACAUCGACAAUAUGAAACCAUUGGCCUAGAUUUCAGUAUUUCAGAUUGCUGUGUGGAGUUUGGUGUGCUCUUAACAAAGUCAAAAAACCCAGAUCCUGUUUCACUGCUUCUCACAGAUGAAGAGAUUGAAAUUGGAAUCCAGCGUCAGCAAGCAAAAAAUACUGAGUCAUUACAGAGCUAUGAAAAACUAAUCAGUACUAUGUUGGACCUUGUGGAUAAUCGAAACUUACCGUGGAAAUUUGAACACAUAGCCAUUGGUUUCCUCUCCCUAUUGCUGAGAGAUGAUGUACCAUUACCUACUCGAGGAAUCAGAUUCUUUGUGAAGUGUCUCAAUCAUGAUGCUUUAAUAGUUCGGAAGAUGGCUAUAUCUGCUAUAGCUGGUGUCAUGAAGCAGUUGAAGAGACCUCACAAAAAAAUCGAGAUUGAUCCAUAUGUUGUCAGUGGAUGUCGUCCUUCAGAAAUCCAGCCAGGAGAUAGACCUGACAAUGUUUGGCUCCAUUAUAAUAGUUCCAGUUUGCCAAAGACUAAGGAUGAAUGGGAAGCUUGCUUCUUCGUAGAAAAGACACACUGGGGAUACUACACAUGGCCCCGGAAGUUGCUUGUUUAUGCCCCAGUGGACCAACAACCUAAACUAGGAAGGGGCAGAGAAGAAAUGUCAGAGGCUGAGCAAGUCAUUUAUGACAAUUUCUCUGACCCACAAUUCGUGGAUCAGAUGAUUAAAUUCCUAUCCUUGGAAGACCGAAAGGGAAAGGACAAAUUCAAUCCACGCAGGUUUUGCCUCUUCAAGGGUUUGUUCAGGAACUUUGAUGAAGCCUUUCUAUCCGUGUUAAAGCCACACAUGGAGCGCUUGGCAGCAGAUUGUCAUGAGAGCACUCAGCGCUGCGUCGCUGAAAUCAUUGCUGGAUUAAUCCGAGGUUCCAAGCACUGGACAUAUGAAAAGGUGGAGAAGCUCUGGGAAGUCCUCUAUCCCCUUCUAAAAACAGCCCUCUCCAACAUCACGGUGGAAACCUACAGUGAUUGGGGGACCUGCAUUGCCACAGCUUGCGAGAGUAGAGAUCCUCGGAAACUUCAUUGGCUUUUUGAGUUGUUAAUGGAAUGCCCAUUGAGCGGAGAAGGGGGAUCAUUUGCUGAUGCCUGUCGACUGUACGUAUUGCAGGGUGGUUUGGCACAGCAAGAAUGGAGAGUCCCAGAACUCAUGCAAAGGCUCCUUCAGUACCUUGAGCCGAAACUCACCCAGGUCUACAAAAACGUUAGAGAAAGGAUUGGAAGUGUUCUAACAUACAUAUUCAUGAUAGACAUCGUAUUGCCCAAUUCACUUCCCACUCUGUCCCCACGCAUCUCCGAAUUCACAACCCGCAUCAUUGUUCAACUAAAGCCCCUUAUGGAAAAUGAUGAAGAGAUACAGAAUCAUGUUGUUGAAGAGAAUGGAAUUGGGGAACAAGAUGAAAGGACCCAGGCUAUUAAGCUCCUAAAAACAGUGCUGAAAUGGUUAAUGGCAAGUGCAGGGAGAUCUUUCUCUACAUCAGUUACAGAGCAGAUCCAACUCAUGCCACUUUUAUUCAAGAUCGCUCCAGUGGAAAAUGAUGACAGCUAUGACGAACUUAAAAGAGAUGCAAAGAUGUGUUUGUCACUCAUGUCUCAGGGACUCCUGUAUCCUCACCAAGCGUCUUUGGUACUCGAUGUUUUAAAACUGAUAGCAGAGAGCAGUUCAUGGCAUGCAAAGUACACCGUACUAACCUACCUCCAAACCAUGGUGUUCUACAAUCUGUUUGUUUUUCUACACAAUAAAGUAGCCAUACAAGACAUAAGUUGGCUGAUUAUAAAACUGUUAGAAGAUGAACAGUUAGAGGUAAGAGAAAUGGCUGCUACCACCCUGAGUGGUCUGCUUCAGUGCAAUUUCCUGAUAAUGGAUAGCCCCAUGCAGACUCACUUUCAAAAGCUCUGCAAGACUAGGCUUCCAAAGAAGAGGAAGAGAGACCCAGGAAUGGUGGUGGAUACCAUUCCACCAGCAGAUUUGGUUCGACGCCAUGCUGGAGUGCUAGGACUAAGUGCCUGCAUUUUAUCCAGUCCUUAUGAAGUACCCACUUGGAUGCCACAGCUUUUGAUGGAUCUCAGUGCACAUCUAAAUGAUCCACAACCUAUAGAGAUGACUGUGAAGAAAACAUUAUCAAAUUUUCGAAGAACUCACCAUGAUAACUGGCAGGAACAUAAACAGCAGUUCACAGAUGAUCAAUUAGUAGUUCUUACAGACCUCCUUGUGUCACCAUGUUAUUAUGCCUGAGAAGAUACUAGGUUUGCUGCCACUAAUGAAAAGAAGAAAUAGUUAUAUCACAAUUGAACGGAGGACAUUUAUUUUGUACAUACACCUGAAAAUGUCGUUAAGUGCAUGUCUUCUUAAGACCCAAGAAAAUGCGAAUACUAUAAUUUUUUUUGUUCCCUUAAAAGAUAUGCAGACCUUUUUCACUCAAAAUACAUAGAAAUUUAGCAGAAAUUGUGUACGUAUGUAAAUGUGUUUAGUAGAAUUUUCACUUUGUUUUUAAUAUACAGAAAGUAGUUUUGCUUAUCUAUAGAAAUACUGUAAUUAAACAAAAAUCACACUGCUGAAUUUGUAAAAUCUUGUACAGUUUUUGCUCAGAACACCCAUAAUUUCUUGACUGCUCUUAUGACAGCUCCUCUGCCUAUUUAAUUUACAUAUUUCAUAUCCAUGUUAUAUGUAGAGCUGUAAAAGAAUAUGUAAAAACUGUAGACUUAAGAUUAGCUAAUUCAUUUGUACAAAAUGUAAUCUUUACGGAGAUGUAGCAUUGUGAUAUUUGUUGUAAAGCUUCACUUGUAGAGGCAUUGGUGUGGACUUAAUAGUGGUUCUGUCUUCUUCAGAUCAUGCGCUGGACUCAUGGUGGUUUUUAGAGUUAACUUUGAGGGGAAAAAUGGAUUUGACACCUGUUUUGCUAAACUUUGCAGGGUUUAUCAUGCUCAUGGUAUUGGUGUGUUUACAGUAAUUUAAUUUUAAUGAGUGUUUCAACAUCUUCAAUCUUUUUAUCCAAUUUUUUUUAAAUUUGUUUUUGUAAUGAUUAAACAUUUAGUUCUGGUAUGUGAUGUGGUGCCACCAAAUGUACCAUCCUUUGUUGAAUAAACAACAGGUACAAUGAUAAACCGUGGAUAAAAGUUCAGGUCAUAUUGCUGUUUGAUUGCUCAUGAUAGCAUGUCAAGGACAUAACCACUAUAUAGUGUAUUGCCAAAACGGAGUGAUUUAGAUGUAUUGUUUGGUUAUUUUAAAAACCAAUAAAUGGAUUGUUUGUAACAAA